AGCCAUUGCCUUGCAACAUCCUGGAUGCAAGUUAGAGCUACCUUGGAAGCUAAAGUAGAACCUGAUGGCCAUGAAGAAGCCACCGUUAAAGGUAUUUUAGUGAUUGCUGAGCUAGUAUUUCAAGCAAACCAACUCAGUGUCACCCGAGCUGCCCUCCUCCUAAGAGGCCGAGGUUGCCCUUUGUGCACUGGCAGGGCCUGCUGGGAGCGCUGUGUGGACAAUCCUUAACAACAGGAGCUUCCAGCAGGCACCAGCACUUGCAGAGCCCCAUUGACUCCCUCCGACCUAUACAGGCUGACUUCAUGACAGCGCCAAGCCGGGCCCUGCAACCUCGUCUGCCGCACGCAAACCGCUGAGAGUUGGCGGAGCCGCCUCCUGGGGCCCGGGCAGCCGCGGCCGGCUAAGGCGUCGACGCCAGCAGGCGAGCGAGAGCCGCAGAAGAAAAACAAGCGGGCGCGCGCGGGAGCCCCGGGAGGGUGGCCAGCCGGCGGCGGGCAGGCGCGGACGGCGGAGGACCAGCGCAUGCAAAAGUUAGACUCUGGCAGCCGCGUGCCCAGCCCCGAAGCUCCGAGCUCGCGGCCCUCGGGAGAGGAACUUGAUCUUCCUGCAGCUGGAGUCGCGAGCAGUGCCCUACCUAAGAGGGCGGAAAGCGCCGGGCGAGCGUGCAGCGGGACGCAGCCGGUGGGAGCGCUACAGCGACGAGGACCCAUGCCGGCGGCCAACCUGAUGGAGAACCUGCAGCUGCCAGCCUUGCAGGUGCCCGGGCCGCAGGGCGCGCCCGAAGGCAGCCCGGUCCGGUCCAGCUCGUCGACCCCCACGCUCCGCCGCCGGCGCUUCAAGAUGCACCGCACAAAGAACGUGCUGGAGCAGAGCCUAGAGGCCGGGCUGGCCCGGGACAUGCCGGGCGUCUUGGCUCCUGGCAAGGAGUUCCUGCAGCUGCCGGCCAUCGAGAUCACGCCUUCCAGCGACGAGGACACCCCGUGGUCCAACUGCUCCACACCCAGCGCCUCCCCGCGCCGAAAACGCUUCCUCCUCCGCAAGUGGCUGAGGGUGAGGGAGCGGAAGGAGUGCAGUGAAAGCAGCAGCCAGCAGAGCAGCCAGCAGAGCAGCCACGACGAUGACUCCAGCAGGUUCCUGAGUCCUCGGGUGCAGGAAGAAAGCACUGCCAGUAACUCCAACCGCAGCACGCCGGCCUGCUCCCCUAUCCUGAGGAAGCGGUCUCGCUCGCCCACCCCGCAGAACGCCGACGGCGACGCCAUGGUGGAGAAGGGCUCGGACCAUUCCUCCGACAAGUCCCCGUCCACGCCGGAGCAGGGCGUGCAGCGCAGCUGCUCCUCGCAGUCCGGCCGGAGCGCAGGCAAGAACUCCAAGUCUCACAAGCGCCUCUCAAAAUAUGACAGACUUAACCUGAUCAAAAAAAGCCAGAGCUGGUAUAAUGUGUUAAGCCCCACUUACAAACAGAGAAACGAAGACUUCAGAAAGCUCUUUAAACAGCUUCCAGACACGGAGCGCCUCAUCGUUGAUUACUCAUGUGCACUCCAAAGAGACAUUCUUCUUCAGGGCCGACUCUACCUCUCUGAAAAUUGGAUCUGCUUCUACAGCAACAUCUUCCGCUGGGAAACCCUGCUGACUGUCCGCUUAAAGGACAUCUGCUCCAUGACGAAAGAAAAAACAGCUCGCCUCAUUCCCAAUGCCAUCCAAGUUUGCACCGAUUCAGAAAAGCACUUCUUCACUUCAUUUGGGGCGCGGGACAGGACGUACAUGAUGAUGUUCCGGCUGUGGCAGAACGCGCUCCUUGAGAAGCCCCUGUGCCCCAAGGAGCUCUGGCACUUCGUCCAUCAGUGCUACGGGAACGAGCUGGGCCUGACCAGUGACGACGAGGACUAUGUGCCCCCCGAUGACGACUUCAACACCAUGGGCUACUGUGAGGAGAUCCCUGUGGAAGAGAAUGAAGUGAAUGACAGCUCAUCCAAAAGCAGCAUAGAGACCAAGCCGGAUGCCAGUCCGCAGCUGCCCAAGAAGUCCAUCACCAACAGCACGCUGACAUCCACGGGGAGCAGUGAGGCCCCCGUCUCGUUCGAUGGCCUGCCCCUGGAGGAGGAGGUGCUGGAGGGCACCGGGUCCCUCGAGAAGGAGCUCGCUGUGGACAGUGUCCCUGAGGAGAAGAUGGAGCUCAUGGCACCGGUGAACUCCCCGUCCCUGGACUUCCGAGACAGUGAUGGCAUCCCCACCGAGCUCAGUGACUCUUCCGACACCCACGAUGAAGGGGAGGUCCAGGCCUUCUACGAGGACCUGAGUGGUCGGCAAUACGUGAAUGAAAUUUUCAACUUCAGUGUGGACAAGCUCUAUGAUCUCCUGUUCACCGACUCACCCUUCCAGCGGGACUUCAUGGAGCAGCGACGCUUCUCAGAUAUCAUUGUCCAUCCAUGGAAAAAGGAAGAGAAUGGAAACCAGAGCCGUGUGAUCCUUUACACCAUCACCCUUACCAACCCUCUGGCUCCCAAAACUGCCACUGUCAGGGAAACACAGACUAUGUACAAGGCGAGCCAGGAGAGUGAGUGCUACGUGAUCGAUGCGGAGGUGCUCACCCACGACGUGCCGUACCACGACUACUUCUACACCAUCAACCGCUACACACUCACACGCGUGGCCCGGAACAAGAGCCGGCUCAGGGUCUCCACAGAGCUGCGCUAUCGCAAACAGCCCUGGGGCUUGGUGAAGACCUUCAUUGAAAAGAACUUCUGGAGUGGGCUGGAGGACUACUUCCGGCACUUAGAGAGCGAGCUGACCAAGGUGGAGAGCACCUACCUGGCUGAGAUGCACAGGCAGUCUCCCAAAGAGAAGGCCAGCAAGCCCCCAGCAGUGCGGAGGAGGAAGCGUCCCCAUGCCCACCUGCGGGGGCCUCACCUAGAGGAGGUGAUGAGCCCCGUCACCACACCCACCGAUGAAGAUGUGGGCCGCAGGAUCAAGCACGUGGCAGGUUCCACGCAGACCCGGCAUGUCCCCGAGGACACCGCCAACGGUUUUCACCUGCAGAGCGUGUCUAAGCUGCUGCUGGUCAUCAGCUGUGUGAUCUGUUUCAGCCUGGUGCUGCUGGUCCUCCUCAACGUGAUGCUCUUCUACAAACUCUGGAUGCUGGAAUACACCACCCAGACCCUCACUGCUUGGCAGGGCCUGAGGCUCCAAGAAAGGUUGCCCCAGUCUCACACAGAAUGGGCCCAGCUCCUAGAGUCCCAGCAAAAGUACCAUGAUACUGAACUCCAGAAAUGGAGGGAGAUCAUCAAAUCCUCGGUGAUGCUUCUUGACCAGAUGAAGGACUCACUCAUUGAUCUUCAGAACGGCAUCAGGUCCCGUGACUACACAACAGAAAGCAGCGAAGAGAAGAGGAGCCGCUACCACUGACCAGGCAGGAACAGGGCGGCAGCAAGAGGCCUGUGCAAUACAUGUACAUAGACCAUAUAAAUAUAUAUAUAAAUAUAUAUAUACAGAAUAUAAAUAUAUAUAUAUAUAUUAUAUACAGAUUUUAAAAAGAGAUCAUGCCUAUGUACCAGGGAGAAGGAGCUGGACCGCCUCCCGUGCUGGCCAGCGGUGGGCCGAGGAGGGCAGGGACCGCCUCUCAGCACCACCCUCCCCGACCCACUGCCUCCCCUCCUCCAGUCCCCUCCCUUCCCCUGGCCGCGCUUGGCUCCAAGAAGGGGAAUGUCGUUGAGCCAAAGUCAUGCCUGUGAAGGCUCCAGAGUCUUGAAAAGAAGUCUCUGGGGGGGGCAUUGCUUAAGGUGCUUCAUUCCCGAAUCCCCUUUGGAUUUGUUUUCAAAAUAAAAGAGAAUUUUUUCUUCCCCA